UUCGACUUAAAAAAGGGUUGAAAGGGGAGAUCAUUGUGCAAGGCAAGCUCAAUUGGUCCAAGGUCCAAGAUACUGUAAUGGACAAAGGCUCUCGGAACAACUUGGGCCCUCUGAACAUUAAGUUCAUGUAAGAUAUGGUGAGGUGAGCAGUGAUUAUAUAAAGUCGUUAAAACACUUGAUGAGCUGUCAGUUUAUAAUGCUCUUCCAAUUGCACUGCCAAGUAGCUGCAUACUUUUUCUUGUUUGAUGGUCUCGCUCGAAGAGAACUCAAUUGCUGUACCAGUACAUUUAAAUCCGGAUUAUGCGCUCUCUUCUUUAUGUAAACCCCUUGCUUAUUAUAAAGAUAUCGUUUUGAAACUCGAGUUCUUAAAGUUUGAAUUAAAGUAACUGUUUUGAUUUUUUUUCUAGAAAACUAAUAAUGUACUUGUUUGCUUGUUUUUAGUAAAGAAUAGCUGAACAUAUAGUGAUAGGUCAUUAUUAAUUGCAAUUGUUUCGUGCAGAAAUCAUUGCAAAAUGCUGCAUGGUACCUUCGGAAUGUGCCGUUCGACAGACAAAAAUAUUAGUUUCUUUCUUAAAGUGAGGAGUCGAUUUAGUGCCGUUUGUGAAAAUUUCUUACUACAGGUAAUUUGUGUUGACUUCGAAGUAUAAGAAUGAACUCUUAUUUUUGUUCGUGAUAAAUUCAAACAAGCCUCCCUUGUACAACAGGUGCUUAUAAUUUACUUGUCACAGCCUUAACAGGUAUUGUGGGCAGUGCCGGCCGACAGGCAGUAGUUAGAUCAUCAGCUAUGUAUACAAACUUGUUCCAUCUGAAAAUCGCGUUAGUUUGAAGCUUUCACAAGUGCGUACAAAAUGUCACAGGAAUCGCUUCAGCAUCAUGGAGGUUGUCAAGUCGGAGGCCUUCCUCGCAUACAGUGCAUGAGCUCCAGUCAACCUGAUGGAGGGGAACUGGGAAUUUGCGGGAUCGUCAUUACUGUCCUUUGCUAUAUCCUUGUCGUGGUAACAUUUCCAUUUUCCUUGUUCUUUUGUUUGAAGAUAGUGCAGGAAUAUGAAAGAGCUGUCAUCUUCAGACUUGGGAGAAUACUCCCCGGUGGGGCCCGGGGACCAGGGUUGUUUUUUGUUCUACCUAAGAUUGAUCAGUACAGCAAAGUGGAUUUGAGGACAGUGUCAUUUGAUGUACCCCCUCAAGAGGCUUUGACACGUGACAGUGUUACAGUCACUGUUGACGCAGUGGUGUACUUCAGGAUCCAGAAUGCAACAGUGUCGGUUACAAACGUCUCAGACGCUCAGGGUUCCACCAAACUGCUGGCUCAGACUACCUUAAGAAACAUGAUCGGUACAAAGAAUUUGAGCGAUAUCCUAAUGGAUAGAGAGGGUUUGAGUUCUCAGAUGCAGUUGUUCCUGGAUGACGCCACUGAUCCUUGGGGAGUUCGUGUAGAGAGAGUUGAGAUUAAGGAUGUCCGCCUUCCAGUCCAGUUACAGCGUGUUAUGGCGGCUGAGGCUGAAGCUACCAGGGAAGCUAAAGCUAAGGUCAUUGCUGCAGAAGGUGAAAUGACAUCAUCACGUUCUUUGAAGCAGGCCGCUGACGUAAUGGCGGAGACACCGUCGGCGAUGCAGCUUCGUUAUCUACAGACUCUGAACACCAUCUCAGCUGAAAAGAACUCCACCAUCAUCUUCCCAAUUCCUGUGGAUUUUAUGACAAAUUUUUUAAACAAGUGAAACUAACACUGGAAGUGUGAGGAUGAAGACUUUUACACCUGUAACUGUUCUAAGUCAGUCAGUCACAACUAUAUCAGCACAAGAAGUACUUGAAAACUUAUGCCCGUGUAACACUAUUAUGGAAGUGGCUCUCUUGCUUUAAUAGCAAUUUAAUUUGCCUUAAAAGGCGGUCGAUAACCGUGAUACCAUGACGUCUUUGAGGUAGAAUGUCAGGAUGGUUGAUGAACAAAAACAACAAAUGUCGAAACUUUUUAUAAGACAAUAUCUUGCACAAGAGGAUUUUAAUGUCUUUUGCUAAUACAAGUCAAUAAAACCUUUCUACUUUUAUAAUUGACUUUAUAAGCAACAACAUGCGACGAGAUGUCUACGCUUUACGAACUUAAAUGAGAGGGUUUUCAGAACGUUAACCAUUUAAAACAUUCAUCAUCGUAUCAAAUUUUAGUCAGCCAAACCAGACGGAGGGGGCAAAAGUUUGGUCAAUAACUACGCCAAACUCUCCAUCCAGCCCUGACGGAGUUGUAAUAAACGGAAAGUACUAUGAAUUGAAGUUCCAAACGUUGUUUUUCCUGUAUCAUCUGUUCAAAAUAAAAAUAAUUUUUCCUACAUUUUUUAAUAAUGUUAUCGUAAUUUUUUUGCUUUCUCAUUUAGGGUGCAAAACGUUUUGAUAACUAUUUCAAGUUGUUGACGGUAAUAAUGUUAUGACGAUCUAGAUAUGUUUGUUGAUUUAAUUUUACAGUACAGUACAUAGUUAGGUAGCAUCAAGUAAUUUGUACAAAGUUCAUCCUAAGCUUCUUGUUUGUUAAGUUUUUGAAACCCUCUUUACUAUGAAUUUCUUCGCUGUAUUUUGUGAAAUGACUCGAUUCUUUUAGCUGAAAACUUUUAAAUUAAAAAAAUGUAAAAAACUCG